CCGGGCUUUCGCUAUCUGGUGCUUCGCGCCGGCCGCCUGCAAAGCCCCUCCCGCUUGGGUCGUGUCGUGUCGUUCCCGGCGGCAUUUAUUGCCGUUGCGACGGCGCGCCGCGUCGAAGACAAGACUGUUGAUUGAUGCUGCGCGUGGCAGCGAUUUGGCGCGCGGGGGCUCCGGCGCCGGUGCCGUCGGCUCAACAUGGUCUGCUUUUCCCCUCUAGCAUGAUCCUGCGUUUUGAUGGAGCUGGAACACGAUGAUAAAACUGGAACAGACGAGACCGAGACUCCGAACGAAGUAGCUUAGUUUCGAGUUUAUUUUUCUUGGACUGGAGCGAGUGCCAGAGCCAGUGCGUGUUUGUCUUCGACUUUUUCACUGUCGUGUGUCCGCUACUAGGUUGCUAUGAAAGGAGGCACGCUACUCGUUUUACGCUCUGGUUAUUUAUUGAUCCCGAAAACACCCACACUAACAAAAGAUAAAGAUAAAGAUCUGGUGCCGUCGUGAUAGCCCUCGAUCUUUAUCUUCGUCGCGAAGAUUGAUUUCGUUUGCAUUUUUUACUAUGUCGUCCGGUUGCGAUUAUGCUGCGAAAAUCGAUCCCAGAUUUGAUUUGCGAAGAUCCAAGAGGCCCAUGGUUGUGUUGAUCUUCUCUUGCCUCAAAUAACGUCGAUGUGUCUCUCUGUGUCUCUGAAGUGGUCUCGAUCUGCUAAAGUGCAAAGGGACGCAGUUUUUCUGUUUUCCCUCGUCAUCGCACGGAUAUGACCGGCUCACCCAAUU